GUUGAUAGGCAGGCGGAGUGGCCAAUCUGUGAGAAGGUACCUGAUUCUGAGGUUCCUGAAGUGCAGCGCCUUCACGGUUGGGGAGUUUGGCUUGAGAGGCUCCAGCAUUGCAACUUCUUUGUCUUCACAAUGACUACUCUUUGGAAAGACAUUUUGCGCAAUGUCCAGCUUAUUCAGUAUGUGGCUCCAAUUGCCGUGGAUGCAGCACUCCUUGAAGGGGUUCUAAUGAGAACCAAAGAUGACCCAAAUGCAUCUGAUGCAGUGAAUUAUGCCCCUUUUACCCUCCUCCCAUCUGCAGUCCCAAGUGAUCUGCUUGAGCAAGCCUAUUCCGUUCAGCAAGAUUUUAAUCUGCUGGUGGACAGAGUUAGUCAGGAUACAGAAUUUCUGGAACGCACUCUUGCAAGCACAGUCAAAGUGGAUGAAUUUACUGCUCAACUUUUUAAUAUUUACAAGCAAGUUUUGAAGGAAGGAGUGGCUCAGACAGUAUUUUUAGGAAUCAAUCGCUCUGAUUACAUGUUUGACUAUGGUACAGGUGGCUCUCCAGCUCUAAAACAAAUUGAAAUAAACACCAUUGCUGCCAGCUUUGGAGGUCUCACCUCUCGAACCACUGCAGUGCAUCGGCUUGUGUUGAAUGUUUUGGGAAAGACGAAAGAAGCCUCAAAAUUAUUGACUAAUAAUCCAUCCAAAGGGAUUGCCAUGGGCAUCGCAAAGGCUUGGGAACUCUAUGGCUCAGAUAGAGCAGUGGUUAUGUUCCUGGUUGAAGAGGUUCAGAGAAAUAUUUUUGACCAACGCUGUAUAGAAAAUGAACUUUGGAAGAGGAAUAUCCGGGUGAUUCGAAGAAGAUUUAAAGAUGUGUUUGAAAAAGCGUCUCUGGACAACGACAGACGAUUAUACAUAGAUGGAGAUGAGGUUGCAGUGGUAUAUUACAGAGAAGGUUAUGUUCCAAAGAAUUAUAAUAAACAGAACUGGGAGGCCCGGUUGUUGCUGGAACGGUCUAGAGCAGUCAAAUGUCCAGAUAUUGCCACUCAACUUGUUGGGACCAAAAAGGUUCAGCAGGAGCUCAGCAGACCAGGAAGUCUAGAAAGAUUUCUGCCAAAUAAACCUGAAGCUGUGGAUCAGUUAAGAGCAACAUUCACAGGGCUAUACUCUCUAGAGAUGGAUGAAGAAGGUGAUAAGAUGGUUGCCAUGGCUAUUGCAGACCCAGAUCAGUUUGUAUUAAAACCACAAAGGGAAGGAGGAGGAAACAAUCUCUACGGUGAUGAACUGAAGCAAGUUUUGGAGAAGAUUAAGGACAGUCCUGAGAGGACCUCCUACAUUCUUAUGGACAAGAUAAAACCUCUUCCUGCAAUGAAUUACUUAUUGAGGGCUCACAGUCAAUUGAAAAUAUCAGAAUGUGUAUCUGAAUUAGGAAUUUUUGGAGUCUACGUCAGACAAGGUCAGGAUCUUGUGAUGAACAAGCACGUGGGCCAUCUGUUGCGAACAAAAGCAGUAGAACAUGCGGAUGGUGGAGUAGCAGCCGGAGUAGCAGUUCUAGAUACUCCCUACGUGAUAUGAAAACAAUACCUCAGUAACAUCACUACUUGAGAUUGAUUUUUCUGCCUUUUAGGCCAUGAUUGCCAAAGGGCAGCAAUGAUCAGAUUUAUAUUCAAAGCCCUCCUCCUAUAUGUGAUCCCAAGAUACAAAGUAGCAGAGCUGCACUGAUUUAUUUUUAAAGUAACUGCUGCCUCUUGAUCUCAGAGAAUAUUGAAUUCCAGCAGACCUUCCCUGAAAACUUCUUCCUGCUUGAUGCACCCUUUCAUCCAACACACUUCUUCUGGACCUUGUGCACUUUUACUGUUCUGCCAUCUUAGAUGUGUUAACACUCUGAUAAAACUUUCCCUAUAGUAUCACAGAAAAUGCAUCAUUAAGUGCCUUGUAGUAGAUUAUAUUACCAUGAUAAUUUGUUCUCUAUAUUUUCAAAGAGUAUUUCGAUCCUGCUUCAGAAACACUGGAAGAUAAUUCAUUCUGGAUGUCUGUUCUUUCAAUACUAUUUUUUGUUGUAUACUUGUCCACAAUGAUACAGCACCCUACAAUAAUUGUGCAGGGUAUUACAUUCAAAGGAAUGAUUGUGGCCACAUGUGGAAUGAUUACCACACACUACUAAAUGAUAAAGGGACAGAAUUACUUCACCUUUAUCUUGAACUUAAAUAAGUAAUUGUGUUAUGUUGCAUUUGAUGAAUGUGUGAGAGAAGAGUUUCACUACUGCUUUGACGAAGGAAACUGAAAUAGUAUACAGUAGAGUCUCACUUAUCCAACCUUUACUCACCCAACGUUCUGUAUUAUCCAACACAGUCUGCCUCUUGCCCGGAUCCACACCUGUUUCAGUACAUUGCAAUGUUUUAGUGCUAAAUUCAUACAUACAGUAAUUACUACAUAACUGUACUGUGCACUGAACUGCUUUUUCUGUUGAUUUGUUGUAAAAAAAUGAUGUUUUGGUGCUUAAUUUGUAAAAUCAUAACUUAAUUUGACAUUUAAUGGUCUUUUCCUUAAUUCCCCCUAGUUAUCCAGCGUUUUUACUUAUCCAGUGUUCUGUCAGCCCGUUUAUGUUGGAUAAGCAAGACUCUACUGUAUUUGCAAACAGAGAGUGCAUGUUUGAAAAGGAUAUGUCUUCAACAUGCACAUAUUCUUUAAAACCCUAAUCAAUGCUGAUGUCAAACAGAUUGAAACAGCAGAUGAUGGAAUUUCAGAUAUUUGUUUAGCUGAAUUGAAGAUUAGAAUGUACUCAUCUAUCGCACUAAGCCAUGUGCCAUUUUAAGAAUUGGGAACUUUUUUUUCAAAUUCAGUUUUGAAACAGCAGCUUGCCAUAUUGCAAUUACAUUUAUUUAAAAAGAUCAAGUUCAUAUAUCUUGGUUGGCAUCAGUCUUUUUAAAUAGCAGCUUGUCUUUACACAUUGAUAUUUUUUCUUAACCACGUCAUUUCUUGUAAAAAUAACAGUUCCAACUUGAUGCCGUACUUUAGAGGAGAGGUUUAGAAAAUUAAUUUGACUUAAGAGUACAGUAUUAGGGACCAACAUGGUAUAACAACGCAUUUUUCUCCAGUAGCCUAAAUGAAUUUUCUAAGUAAAUUCCUUUCUUAAAUAAAA